CUAGGGGGCCGCCUCUGCCAUGGCGCCCACCAUGGACGAGCUCGUGCGGCAGCUCCAGGAGGCCUCCGGCCUCAGCGGCGAAGAGCCCUCCACAUGCGCGCUUGGUGGGAAGCCGCGUGCCUUUGAGCGGUUCCUCAUCGCCCACAAGCUUGACGUUCGAGCCGCGGCCGCUGCCCUCCGAGACACGCUCCGCUUCCGAGCCGAGCACAGCCUGGAUGACAGUGGCGCUGGGUCGCACGCGCGCAAGAUGGUGCUCGCCAAGGUGGCGCCGCAUUGGCCUGGCGGCCUCGUCACGAGCAUCGCCGGCGGCUCUGGGGUGUACUAUUUUGGGUACGGCCCGCUCCGGCCUCGGAAGCUGAUGCGUGACAUCUCCGAGUCGGAGCUCCGCACCUUCUACCUCCACUUCGUGGAGGGGAUGCUCGCGCACAUGAACGCGGCCAACGGCCGAGCUUGCCCGACCGAGCGGUGGGCGGGCCCAGUCGAGGUCCACGACCUGCGCGGCAUCUCGCUGUCGACCCACUUCUACCCGCCCGGCCUGGCGAUGCUCGCUCGCGUGCUCUCCCUCGGCCAGCGGCACGUGCCAGACAACCUCCGAAAGGAGCGAGGCCGCGGAAGGGGCAAUGAAUUAAUUCUUCAUUAUUAAUUAAUUCUUUAAUUAAUCAACCUCCGAAAGGAGCGAGGCCGCGGAAGGGGCAAGGGGCGUCGGAGGGGCAACGCCUCACGCCGCCCGGCCGCUGUGCGCAGGCGUACUUCAUCUUUGCGCCGCGCUGGUUCUCCGCCUCGUGGGGCGUCAUCAGGCGGGUCCUGCACGAGGACAUCGCCGCGCGCAUCGAGAUCCGCUCCGACGGGGGCGGAGACAGCCUCGCCGCCUUGCUCGGCGGGCAAGGGCGCGUGGAGGAGAUGUGGCGCGAGGCUGAAGCGCGGGGCUACCCGCCCGCCCCUCCCCCCGGCCCAGCUGCCACCGAGAGCCGUUCCAAGAGGGAGGAGGACAGCAGUGGCGCCGGCGGCGGCGGCGGCGGCGGUGGCGGCUUCGGCGGCGGGGACAGCACGACGCUCCUUGUCACAGCGAGCAUCGCUGCGAGCUUGCUCGUCGCGUACAAAUCAGACCACCUCGACUGGGGCCUCGUGGCCGUGGGCUUGCAGCUCGGCUUGGCGGGUGUGAGCCUGCUGCUCACGAGCACUCUCCCGUGACCUGUUCAGUGUUAUGCGCUGUGCACCAGGAGUGUGUGUAUGGGUUACCUCUAGUGGACGACAGCGGACACGUGUGUUCUCUCUUUUCAGGGCUUUGUCGCCUCUGGUGUGCUGUGACGUGCGAGAGCGUGAAAUGGUCUGACACGAGAAAA